AUGGUUCACCUUACAUUUUUGGCUGUCACUCUUUGGGCCGCCAUAUCAAGUGCCGCGGAAACAACAUCAGCUUCUAUUGCAACUUCAAUAGGAGCUAGCAAUGUCCCAACCGAUGCACCUAUACCGGGAAACUAUACAGGAGCAUUAAGACCUCAGUUUCAUUAUUCUCCACCUCAAAAUUUCAUGAAUGAUCCCAAUGGACUUUUCAGAGAUGCAGAUGGGGUUUACCACCUCUAUUAUCAAUACAACCCAACAGGCAUUGUAGCAGGAAAUCAACAUUGGGGCCAUGCAACAUCCAAGGAUCUAUACAACUGGACCAACCAAAAGAUAGCACUCUACCCCGAAAAUAGUGACGAAGGGAUUUUCAGCGGAAGUGCCGUGGUCGAUGUAAAUAACACCUCUGGUUUCUUCCCCGACCAAAACAACGGCGUAGUGGCAAUCUACACUCUGAACACUCCUCAGACUCAAACCCAAAAUAUCGCCUACUCCAUCGAUGGCGGUUACACUUUCGAGAAGUAUGCCAACAACCCCGUCAUCCCAUCUACCUCCAACCAAUUCCGUGACCCCUACGUUAUUUGGUUCGAGGAUCAUUGGGUAAUGGUCGUGGCUUACUCUACCGCCUUUGAGAUUGGCAUUUUCACUUCUCCUGAUUUGAAAGAAUGGACUGCUUCCUCCAAUAUUAGCCACCACGGUCUCCUAGGCCUGCAAUACGAAUGUCCCAAUCUCAUCCCCAUCCCUGUCGCCAACGGUGCCGGCGAUGAAAACAUGUUCCUCCUGAUUAUCUCCAUCAACCCUGGCGCUCCUCUUGGCGGUUCCACGACCCAAUAUUUCCCAGGUACAUUCAACGGAACCCAUUUCGUGCCCAUCGAUUCCGCAACCCGGCUCACCGAUUUCGUCAAAGACAACUACGCCGGACAAUUCUUCCACGGGAUUCCCGCAGACGAAGAUCCCGUUUUCCUAACCUGGGUCAGCAACUGGCAAUACGCAGGAGACGUGCCCACGGGACAACUCGAGGGAUGGCGAAGUUCCAUGUCACUACCCCGACGCACGCAUCUCGAAAACGUAGCCGGUGCAGGCUGGACACUCGUAUCGUACCCCUACGACAUGACUCCUCUCUACAACGACACCACCUCACUAGCCGCGAACGAAAAUCUCGGAAACGGCAAUCUCUCUGCAAACUACGCAUCCCUCCCCAGCGGCGCCAUCUACAUUUCCUGCACCCUAACCACCACCCCCAACCACACCAUCGACGGCGGAACCCUCAACUUCAUCUUCACCUCCUCCCUUACCGGCGAAUCCAUCUCCGGGGGCAUCUUCCUCGGAGGCGACACCUCCUUCUGGCUCUCCCGCCACAACAUGCACGGAUUCGGCGAGACCAACCCUUUCUUCACCGACAAAUUCUCAAUCGCCAAUCCAUCUAAUACAGCAGGUACUUUUACACUCGAUGUAGUGGUCGAUAGGAGUAUACUCGAGGUAUUCCUGGAUGGAGGCAGAAGUAGUGGGUCGAUGACAUUUUUUCCAGAGGGCGUGUUGGAUAGGGUGGAGGUGUCGACGCAAGGGUUGGCUGCGGAGGUGAAGGUGGAUGCGAAGAUUUGGGGGUUGCAGGGGGGGAUGGGCGAGUAUGGAGAGUGA